AUGUUUACUCUUCCAAACUUUGCUGCUCAUACAGCCUUAUAUAAAAUAGCUAAAAUCAUGUCACGAAUAUUUUAGUUAUAAGAAAAGUUAAAAAUAGAAAAUACAUUAGAAAUCCCGAAGUCAAAUUAAGUAAGAAUCUCUUAUUAAUUUUAGAAAAUUAGUAAAACAUUAAAGAACCUUUAUCAAAUGAAUUUAAAUGAUGAAACAAUUAUUCUAGCUUUUUAUUUUGUUGAUUAGAUAACUUAAAAGCUAAGAAUAUUUCUAAACUUAGAAAAUAGUACUGGAUUAUUAAUAGGGGCAAUUAUUAUUGCUGAUAAAAUUCUAAAUGACUAGCAUAGAACAAUUGAUAGAUAUUAAUUGGCUAGUGGACUUAAAAAAUAAUAACUUAUCUAAAUAGAAAAAUACUUCUUAGAAAUUUUGGAUUAUAACUUAUUUGUUUCAGAAGAGAAAUUUGAAUAGUACCAAAAAAGAGUUUAAAAUUAUUGA